GCAGGCUUCAGGCUGGUGUAGGCCGCGUUGCUAUGGCAGCUGGGCGGAUGUGAGGUUCGGCGUGUUUCCGGCGGACGGAGGGAGAGGGAGCGGCCUGUUAUGUGUCUGUGUGUUUUUUUUCUCUCCAUCCUGGUAUUUUGUCAUCCUGGUCUCUUGGACGUUGUCAAAAAGUGCCCGUACUUCAAAACAGGAAAUUGAGUAUGAACACAAUUGAAGACGAAUCUGGCACAGUUACCUUGGAAACAAUCAGAGCAGUAACCAUAGGCCAGGAUACAGAAGGCAAUCUGAUCUUACAUUGCCCUCAAAACGAUUUAGAAUCUGAGGAAAAUCAAGAACCCCUACACAAAAGGCUUUGUUUGUCAACUGAAGAUGAUGCAAGUCUUGAAUCUACGGGUAUUGCUGGCCCAUUUGCAGCAGUACAAUCAGUUGUUACACUUCCAAUUUCAGACAACGACCAAAGUUUUGAGGUAACCAUGACGGGAGAGGCAGCAUCCGAGCUGACUCAUGCAUCUGAAAUUGAAGAAAAUGAAACUGUUACUCAGAUACAG